ACACAACUCAAAGAUGGACCAGGAAGAGCUGCAGUAUGAUGAAGGGGUGGAUGCUGGUGAGGGUGGAGACGAUAGCUUUGUUGGUGGAGGUGACGAUGACCAUCAGCUCAAUGAUACAGACCAGUCAAUUGAAACAGAACUUGAGGUUAUUAAAGCACGAGUUCGCGAAAUGGAAGAGGAAGCAGAAAAAAUCCGACAGAUCCAGUCAGAAGUAGAUAAGCAGAUGAAUUUAGGAUCUCCACCUGGGGCAGCUGGAGCCACAUCACCUCUAAAUAUGUCCUUAGAAGAGAAGAUGGAAGUAGAUGCACGUUCAAUAUAUGUGGGCAAUGUUGAUUAUGGAGCCACAGCUGAGGAACUAGAACAGCAUUUCCAUGGUUGCGGGGCAGUCAACAGAGUAACUAUUCUAUGUAAUAAAUACGAUGGGCAUCCAAAGGGCUUUGCUUACAUAGAGUUUUCAGAAAAAGAUUCGGUCCAGAUGGCUAUGGCACUUGAUGAGUCACUCUUCAGGGGAAGACAACUCAAGGUUAUGCCCAAGCGAACGAACAAGCCUGGCAUCAGUACAAGUAACAGGCCCCCACGAAGAGGCGUGCCUGGACGGGGUCGUGGACGGUUUUAUUCAAGUUACAGACCCUUGCGACGACCGAGCAGGGGACGGAGAUUCUACUACAGCCCUUAUUAAUGGCUGCGUUUGGAGGUGAUGCUGAACAGGUGGAUGCCGAUCCCAUACUUCCGUAAUUGAUUUACCAUAUAUCAUUUUUGCAUAAUUAUUUCUAAUGUUUGAACUCACUGGUAUGCACCUAAAUCAUUCCCUCUUUUCUGGUAUUUAGAAUUUUAUUAUGCAGGUAAUUCAUUGAUAGGCAAUUAUGAAAGAUAACCAGGUUUCAACUAAGGGCUGGGUUUUCCUUACACAUAAUUUUUAUAGAUGAUAAUUUUUAUUGUUAUUUUUUUUCCUUUUCCUUUUUGACAACACACAGGUGUGUGUUAUGGAUGGCUGUUGCUGUCUUUUAUUUUAUCAGGGAUGGGAACUGGAGGUGGAUGUGCCAUGAUCAGCUGAGAAUUUUUAAUUACUUGUUCCUAUAAUAAGAUAUUAGUAAUGUGUGUUCUGCAAACUUGUAAUGAUAAAACCACUUUUUAUCAGCCUAUAAUUGUGUUAUUUUCUGUGUUGAUAUUUUAUUUUUCUUUGUUUUAUAUUUUUUCUCAAAGAAAAGAAAAAAGAAAAAACAGCUGAUCUGGUCACAUAUGGAAUGGGAUUAGAUUUAGUGGUAAGCGUAUCUAACCCUUCCUUUUCAGCUCUGCGGCUUAAGAUAAUCACAGGUUUUUAAUUAGGUUAGUUGACGUAUUAUUUAGCCCAUGUAAAUUCACUGCUUCAGCUCUGUAAGUAUGAUACCCAGAAAAAAGGAAAUCUUUGCGUACCUGCUUUUUAAAUAGCCAUUGGAAGAUCAUGAAUUUACAUGGGUUCAGUAAUUAAAAGGUUCCUCAGUUUAACAAUUAAAAAAAAAAGUUGCUGCCUGUGAUUGUCCUGCAUUCCCUGUGGAGAUUGGUGGAAAAAAUAAGAACCAAAAAAAAAAUGUAUGUUAAGAAAUAAAAAAAUGGAGUUGGACAAAAGAGGAAAACAUUAGAAAGGGAAAAUAUCCAUAUAAAAGCAAAAAACAAAAAAAAAUGUUAGUAUCAGAAAAGAGGAAGGUUGUAAGGAAAUCAAUAAAAAAAAUUGUAAAAAAAAGAGAAA